AUGGGUUCAUAUUAUGGCUACUCUGGAAGUGGCGAGAUGAAUUAUAAUCUGAGCAAUUAUGCGCCGAUUGAUCCGUUGUUGGGAAAUGAUGGUGAGAUUUUGGGAAAAUCUGGGUUUUUGAGUGAAAAAAUCGGGAAAAUCACAAAUUUUAACCCAAAAAUUAUGAAAAAUUCAAAUUUUUGGCUGAAAAUUCGGGAAAAUCACGAUUUUUCAGACAUUCCAUCAACUUCUUCUCAAAAACCAGUCAAAACCGAACCAAGAGCCGAAAUUCAGGUAAAUUUAGCCAAAAAUCACGAUUUUUGACCCUAAUUACCCUAAUUACCUACCUUAAUUACCCUAAAUUACAGCUAAACACCGAAAAACCGUUGAGCACCAAAGAAAUGCGUCAAAAAAUCAAAGAAGCACCUUCUUACACACCAACUCCGAUUUUUAAGGUAAGAAUUUUUGAUUUGCACUUAAUUAGGGUUAAUUAGGCCCUAAUUAGCGUUUAAAUUGUGGAUUUUAAAGGUUUUUCUGUAGUAAAAUUGUGAAAAUUACGCUUAAUUACCCUUCAUUGCACCUAAAGUACUGUAAAAGCAUCCUUAAUUACCCUUAAUUACCCUUAAUUACCUUAAUUGAAAAUUAUCGAUUUUUCAUGGGAAAACUUGCUUUCUGCACUAAAAUUGCUUGAAAUUUCCGAUUUUGCAUUUAAAAAUUUGUAUAAUCGAUCCCUAAUUACCCUUAAUUACCCUUAAUUAGUCCUUAAUUACCUUAACUCAAAAUUAUCGAUUUUUCACGUAAAAAACUAAUUUACGUAGUGAAAAUUCGGAUUUUUCACCUAAAAUUUGUAUAAUUGAUCGCUAAUUACCCUUAAUUACUCUUAAUUACCCUUAAUUACCGUAACUUAAAAUUAUCGAUUUUUCAUGGGAAAACCAUGUUUUCUUGACUGAAAUAAGCUGAAAAUCUCAAUUUUGCACCUCUAAUUACCCUUAAUUAAUCGCUAAUUGCCCCUUAAUUACCCUAACCUAAAAUCCUUGGUUUUGCACGAAAAAAACGGGAUUUUUGCACCCAAAAUUCACCCAAUUGCAUGUUUUGUGUUUGGUUUAUUGUUUAGCAAGAAGAAGCGGACGAAAACGAGGAAAUGAUACCGAUAAAGAAAAAGCGAAAAAUUGUGGAAAAUGAAGAAGAGUUGGAGGAAGAAGUAGAAGUGGUGGAAAUUGAAGUGAAACCGGAAAAAAUUGCACAAAAAUCGGCGAAAAUUGAGCCGAAAGGUGGGAUUUUUUGGGCAGGUUUUCAUGGGGAAAACGAAAAUUUUCCGAUUUUCACGUUAAAAUCCCAGGUUUUUGUAUGAAAAUUAGGGUUUUAACCUGAAAUUAACGUGAAAUUUUCCCAUUUUUUGAAAAUUUCCGACAUUUCCACAUUUGGAAAUGAACGAAAUUUUCAAAAAAUGAGAUUAAAAUUUCAGCAAAAAGUGGAUUUUUGCUGAAAUUUUGGGAAAAUUAAAAAUUAACAUAACAUGCCUGAACCUGGAAAUUUCAGUCAAAAAUUCGAUUUUUGGCUAAAAUUUUCGGGUUCUCGCGCAGGGGAACCUAUCGUCAAUUUUUUUUUCGAGCGAAGCGAGUGUAAUCCGCAAGCUUCCGCGUCAGCGGCACUAUCUUCCGCUUUAGCGGCCACGCGGAUUACUAUGACGUGGGAUAAAUAGCUUUAGCAAUCAUAUAGCUUAUCAGUCUUAUCCCACGUCAUAGUAAUCCGCGUGGCCGCUAAAGCGGAAGACAGCGCCGCUGACGCGGAAGCUUGCGGUCUACACUCGCGGCUCCGCCGCUCGGAAAAAUACUCUCGAGCGAAGCGAGUGUAAUCCGCAAGCUUCCGCGUAAGCGGCCACGCGGAUUUUUGAUCUAAAACCAUGCCUGAACCUGAAAAUUUCAGCCAAAAAUCGAUUUUUGGCUGAAAAUUUCGGGUUCUCGCGCAGGGGAACCUAUCGUCAAUUUUUUUUCGAGCGAAGCGAGUGUAAUCCGCAAGCUUCCGCGUUAGCGGCACUAUCUUCCGCUUCAGCGGCCACGCGGAUUACUAUGCGGUGGGAUAAAUAGCUUUAGCAAUCAUAUCAGUCUUAUCCCACGUCAUAGUAAUCCACGUGGCCGCUAAAGCGGAAGAUAGUGCCGCUGACGCGGAAGCUUCCGGUUUACACUCGCGGCUCAGCCGCUCGAAAAAAUACUCUCGAGCGAAGCGAGUGUAAUCCGCAAGCUUCCGCGUAAGCGGCCAUCGGAUUUUUGAUCUAAAACCAUGCCUGAACCUGGAAAUUUCAGUCAAAAUUCGAUUUUUGGCUGAAAAUUUCGAGUUCUCGCGCAGGGGAACCUAUCGUCAAUUUUUUUUCCACCCAAAAAAUCCCACAUUUUUCCAGAUGUUGAAUUAAUCGACUUGGUCAGCUCGUCGGAUGAUGAAACUCAAACUUCAGCUCGAACUCAACCUCGAAUUCCGAUCAGAAAAUCGAUUGCGGUGAAAAUUGCGAGCCCGCCGCCGAUUUUCAAUCCCUAUUUGAGUCCGGCACCGAUUUCAAGCCCGAAAAAGGAAUCGAUAAGAUCUUCGGAUCCAGUAGCACCUUCGGAUCCAGCUAGAUCUCCAUAUAGAUCUUCGCAAUCGGAAAAAUCAAGUUCGGAAGAGGAAUACAGAACAUAUGUGGAAAAAAGAUCGAAGACAUUUGGACUUCAAAAAAGGGAAUCUGAAGAAGGCAGUGCUGGAAGAUCUAAGAAAAAAUCAGAUUCUAAAAGAUCUAGAGAAAAAUCAACAAGUUCGGAAGAGGAAUCUGAAGAUUCUGACAGUGCUGGAAGAUCUAAGAAAAGAUCUAGAAACCAAGCUGGAAAGAUCAAGACAACUCAAAGAUCUGAAGCUUCCGAAAGAUCUAGAAGAAAAUCAACAAGUUCAGAAAAAGAAUCUGAAGAUUCUGACAGUGCUGGAAGAUCUACGAAAAGAUCUAGAAACCAAGCUGGAAAGAUCAAGACACAGCAAAGAUCUAGUUCGGAAGAGGAAUCUGACGACAGUCGAGAUUCGAUGGAAGAUUUUAUUGUGGAAGGAUCGGAAUCGGAAUUUUCCGGAUCGGAAACAUCGGAUGGAAGUUGGGAUGAGAGUUCGGAUGAAGAUGAGGGAUUGGAUUUGAGAAGAUCUAGAAAAGCAGCGAAGAAAUCUAGAAGAUCUAGGAGAAAAUCGACUUCGGAAGGCAGAACUGGAAGAUCUAGGAGAUCUAGAAACCGAGCUGGAAAGAUCAGGAAAUGUUCGAGUUCAGAAGAGGAAUCUGAAGAAUCAGGAAGAUCUAGAAGAAGAUCAGGAGAAUCUAUGAAAAAAUCUGGAAGUUCAAAAAGAUCCAGACGAAAAUCAACAAGUUCGGAAGAGGAAUCGGAAGAUGAUCGGAGGAGAUCUGGCCCCAAAAAGAAGCCUGAAGUUCGGAAAUCUAGAAGAAUGUCGAGUUCGGAAGAGGCUCGCAGGAGAUCAGAUCGAGAAUCUACGAAAAAAUCAAGCUCGGAAGGUUCAGCUAGAAGAUCUAGGCCCAAAAAUCAGGCAGAAUCCCGGAAAUCUGGACGAAAAUUGAGUUCGGAGAGAAGUUCUAGGCUCAAAAAUCCACCCGAAGCCCGAAAAUCCAAGCCGAAAUCAAGUUCGGACAGCUCUGAAGCCCGGAAAUCCAGGCCCGAAGCCCGAAAAUCCAGGCCGAAAUCAAGUUCUGAAGAUUCUUCCAGAAGUUCUAGGCCUAAAACCCAGCCCGAAGCCUGUUCCAAGCCUGAAGCCCGGAAAUCCAGGCCCAAAGAUUCUGGAGAUUUCGUCGAAGAUGAUCCUGAAGCUAAAAAAUCGAGAAGAACAGCAGCGGAAAUCGAAAAAGCGAAACGCGACAAAAAAUUGGAGGCGAUGCGAAUUCGCGAAGAAAAACGCGAAAAAGAGCGAAAGCAACAAUUUAUGUAUGUGAAAAGUGCACAUAUUGGACAUUGGAGAGCUGAGGAACAAUUUAGGACGGCUGGAAAUGCCAACAAGAAUAAGUUGGAGGUGCUGAAUGGCUGGAAAUUUGCGAUUUUUGCUGAAAAUCCAACGAAAAACGCGGAAUUUUGAGCCGAAUUGCAUGAAAAAACCAAAUUUUUGACAAAAAAUUGGAUUUUUGCUGAAAUUUUCGAAAAAUACAUCCAAAAAUUAACCUAGAAGCAUGCCAGAACCUGAAAAUUUCGGCCAAAAAUAUGAUUUUGGCUGAAAUUUUUGGGAAAUUUCACAAAAACUGUGAAAUUUGCCCAUUUUUUGAAAAUUUCCGACAUUUCCACAUUUCUCGAAAUUUGGAAAUGAACGAAUUUUCAAAAAGUUUCAAAAUUUCAGCAAAAAGUGGAUUUUUGCUAAAAUUUUGGGAAAAUAACCGAAAUUCAAUCAAAAUCAUGCCUGAACCUGAAAAUUUCAGCUAAAAUUCGAAUUUUGACUGAAAUUUUCGAGUUCUCGCGCAGGGGAACCUAUCGUCAAUUUUUUUUCGAGCGAAGCGAGUGUAAUCCGCAAGCUUCCGCGUAAGCGGCACUAUCUUCCGCUUCAGCGGCCACGCGGAUUACUAUGACGUGGGAUAAAUAGCUUUAGCAAUCAUAUAGUAAUCCACGUGGCCGCUAAAGCGGAAGACAGUGCCGCUGACGCGGAAGCUUGCGGUCUACACUCGCGGCUCCGCCGCUCGGAAAAAUACUCUUGAGCGAAGCGAGUGUAAUCCGGCCUGAACCUGAAAAUUUCAGCCAAAAAUCGAAUUUUGGCUGAAAUUUUUUUUUUCAAUUUUUUUCUUCCAGAAAACUCGAAAAUCAAUGGAACGUGAAAAAGUUGCUCCAACUCCGAUUUCGAGCUCGAGCAGCUCAAUUUUGAAGCGAAAACAUCCAAGUUUGGAAGAAGAAGAAGAAGAAGAGGAAAAUCAGCCGAGUACAAGUUUAAAGGGACAGGAGAAAAAGAAGGAGGAGGAGUACGGUAGUAGUUUGGCGCCAAAACGCAUUGCUCAUGUUAGUAGUAGUGGUGGUACUGUGGUGAGUUUUUGAAAUUUUGAAUUUUUGAUUUUAGCGCCAAAAAAUUCGAGCUUUUUACAGUAACCCAAGCAUUUUUGGGCCUAAAACCUCGAUUUUUCGGCAUUUUUUUUAUCUGAAAUUGUUCAAAUCUGAAAUUCUGGAAGAUUUCCAGAAUUUUCAAUCUGAAAUUUGAAUUUUUCACAAAAUUUCCAGAUUUUAGACACCCAAUUUGAAAAAAUUCUAAAAAUCUUGGGUCUCGCCACGAAAAUCUACAGUAAUCCGCCAGUUUUUGCAGCCAAUCUCCACUCGAAAACCGCCACCAAUUCACAAAUUAUCGAGUCAUACCGAAAAAAUGAAACAGGCCUAUAAGGAAGCGGAAGAACGCGCGAGAAAGGCGAGAGAAGCGGAAGCGGAGCGGAAGAAGAAGGUGAGCGGAAAAUCGAUGAAAAAUGCUGGAUUUUGAGCUGAAAUUUGGGGUUUUUGAGCAAAAAUGGCCUAGAAAUGUGGAUUUUUGGGUUUCUAGGCCAUAUUUGUGUUUUUCUGGACAAAAAUGGCCUAGAAAUGUGAAUUUUUGGUUUUCUAGGCCAUAUUUUUUGAAAUUCUAGGCCAUAUAUAUGAUUUUUCGAGCAAAAAUGGCCUAGAAAUGUGAAUUUUUGGAUUUCUAGGCCAUUUUUUCAAAGUUUCGGCCCUAAAGCUGAAAAUCAAUUUAAAAAAUGACUACAGUACCCCCUACAGUACCUCAAAAACCCCCCAAUUUUUUUCCAGAAAUUCCUCACGCAAGAAGAAAUGUUUGGUCAAAAAAAGAAGCCUACAGUACUCCCGCCCUCACCUACAGUACCCCAAAAGCGCGCGAAAAUUACGGUAAAAUCCGAACCGCAAUCCUCGCCGGAAAAAUCGACAAAAAAGUUGGUGGCACCGCCCGUCUUGGAGCCAUUUUGCACAAAAAUCAAAUCCACGUGUCGCAAAGCUUUGAUGGAAAAAAUAUUCAGACAAUUGGUGGAUAUGGGAAAAGCUGAAGCUGCGCAAGAGGUAGGCUGAAAAUGAGCUAGAAAUCAUGGUUUUUGAGCAAAAAUGACCUAGAAAUGUGUAUUUUUGGUUUUCUAGGCCAUAUUUUUGAAAUUCUAGCAAAGUUGAAAAAAUUAAUAUGAGCAACACUAUUUUUUGAUCAAAAAAACCUUUUUCCUAGCUACAGUACACCUACAGUAGUCUUGCCACGUGGCUAGCAAAAAAAAUUCAAAAAAAAUGUUUUUUUUAAUUUUUAAUUAAAAAAAAUCAAAGUGAGUGACAAUUUUGAAAUUGAAAAAAAAAACAAUUUUUUUUCGAAAAAAUAUCUCUUUUGUUUCCCGCCCAUUUUUGAUUUAAAACCAAUUUUUAUUCAAAUUUUUUUCUUUCUUGAGAGAAAAAUUUUGAAUCCGAAAAUUUCGCUCUAAAAUUUAAAAAUUUGAAUUUUAUAUUUUUCGCGCCAAAAUUUUAAAAUUUGAAUUUUCCGCUUCAAAAUUUAAAAAUUUGAAUUUUCGCGCCAAAAUUUAAAAAUUUGAAUUUUUCGCGCCAAAAUUUAAAAAUUUGAAUUUUUCGCGCCAAAAUUUAAAAAUUUGAAUUUUGUAUUUUUCGCGCCAAAAAAUUUGAAUUACUACUGUAACAGUAACCCAAACUUUAACCCCAAAAAAAAAUUUUUUUCUAAUUUUUUUGGUCUGAAAAAAUCAAAAAUUUUCCAUGAAAUGUCACCAUGGUUACUCAUUUUUUAGCUCAUUUUUUCUUGGUCUGUGAUGAGAAAUUGAGUCAUUUUGCUGAAGUCUGGAAAUUUUUGUUUUAGCUGAUUUUUAUUUCAUUUUUUCUUUGAGAAAUGGUGAGCGUUUUAUGGCUUUUCGCCUGAAAAAUCGAUUUUUUCAGCUGAAAAUUUGAAUUUUUUGAAAUUUUCCCUGGAAAACCCUGUUAUCCAUGGAGCGCAUUUGCAAUUUUCUAGUAAAUUUUUUGUAAAUUUUCCCUGGAAAACAGUAUUAUCAAUAGAGCGCGCUUGUAUUUUUCUUCUAAAAAUGUCAAAAAUUUUCUAUAGAAAACCCUGUUAUCCAUGGAGCGCACUUGCAAUUUUCUAUUGAAUUUUUUGAAAUUUUCCAUAGAAAACCCUGUUAUCCAUGGAGCGCAUUUGCAAUUUUCUACUAAACUUUUUGAAAUUUUCCCUGGAAAACAGAUUUAUCCAUGGAGCGCAUUUGCAAUUUUCAAUAAAAAUUUCACCCUAGACAAAUUCGGACUCAAAAAAAUCAGAUUUUCAGCCAAAAAAUUCUGAAAAUUCAUUACAGGCUCAAAAAUUGGAGUUGGAAUACAUGAAAAACGCGAAAAGCGACAAAACCUAUCAAGUCAACGUGUUGAAUAUGAUCAAUAAUUUGCGAAAACAAUCGAAAGAUCUUGUGAUUCCGGUGGCAUCGAAUAGUGAGUACGGUAGAUUACUGUAGACGUGGAAAAUUCAUGAAAAAUGAUGCAUUUUGAGCCGAAAUACGGUAGUUUUGGGGGUUAUUGGGUCCUGAAGCGAAAAUUCAAGGUUACUGUAGGUUUUUUGGCGCGAAAAUUUGCAUUUUUCGAAUUUUGGCGCUAAAGAUUGGAUAGAUCGCUUCGAGACCCGAAAAUUCUAGAAGUACUGUAGCUACAGUAACCCUACGCAUAUUUGGUAUCAAAAUUCAGGGUUACUGUAAGUAGAUCAAAAAUUACUUGGAAUUUUUAAAGGGACAUACAGUAACCCUAGGCAUAUUUCAUAUCAAAAUUUCAGAUUUUCAAAAUUUUCAGCUGUUUCCCAUGAUCAAUUAUUGGCUGGAAGGAAUUAUUCGAAAAUUUCAGUUGGAAUCAAAAGAACCGAACGAAAAACCUAUGAACAAAUGACUGAAAUUGAAAAAUUCCAGCAAAUUUCAGCAAUGAAAUCGAAUUUGGCUGAAAUUGAAGAAUAUGGAUAUCCAAUAUUCAAACAAGAAUUAUUAAAAGUCGAAAUAAAACCGACAAUUUAUGAUAUAAAUAAAAAAUUGUGGAUUGAAGAAAAUGAAGAAAUUCGAACUUGUUGUAGAUGUUUUCAAGAAUUUCGGAUGAAAAACGAUGGAGAUGUGCCGGAAUUGGAAUGUAGAUAUCAUAAUAAAGGAUUUUAUCGCCAUGGAAAAGGAGGUAAGCUAAUUUACUACGUGAAAAUCUGAAAAUCUCGAGUUCUAGAAGAUUUCCAGCAUUUUCACAGCGAUUUCUGAAUUCUCCAUGAAAUUUCCGGAUUUUAGACACCCAACUCGACAUACUUUUGAAAAUUUUCAGAAAUUUCAGUUGUCUGGGCUCAAAAUGCUCCAAAUUUUCAGAAAAAUCGAAAAAUAGGCUUGUGAGGUGUCAAAAAUCCGGAAAUUUUGUGAAAAACCCGAAAAUUAACGAGAAAUCGCGAAAAAACAUGAUUUUCGGAAUUUUUUUGAGCCAGAAAUUUUCAGAUCUCGAGUUCUAGAAGAUUUCCAGCAUUUUCACUGUGUUUUUUGAAUUUUUCAGGAAAUUUCCGAAUUUUAGACAUCCAACUUGAUAUAGUUUUGAAGAAUUUUUUGAAAAUUUCAGAUUUCAGGGCUCAAAAUGCUCCAAAUUUUCAGAAAACUUCAAAUAUAGUCAUGUGAGGUGUCAAAAAUCUCGAAAUUUCAUGAAAUACCCGAAAAUUAACGAGAAAUCGCGAAAAAACAUGAUUUUCGGAAUUUUUUAACUUUUAAAUUUUUCAAAUAGUGAGUUCUAGAAGAUUUUCAGCUUUUUCACAUCAAUUUUCGAAUUUUUCAUGAAAUUUGGGGAUUUUAGACACCCAACUUGACACACUUUGGAAAAUUUUCAGAAAUUUCAGAUUUCAGGGCUCAAAAUGCUCCAAAUUUUCAGAAAAAUCGAAAUAUUCUCAUGUGAGGUGUCAAAAACCCCCAAAUUUUGUGAAAAAUUCAAAUUUCACCUCGAUUUUUGCAGAUACCUUCCGAAAAAUUCACAAUUGUUGUCAAACUGAGAAAAAUACAACACCCGGUUGUAAUAUAGUCAAACAUCACGUUUUCGACCAACUUUUCCGAUCGGAAUUGCAAAAAUUCAUACAUACACCGCCUCCUACUGGACAAAAUGAUCCGAGAUCGAAACAGGUGAAUUUUUGAGCAUUUUUGGCUGAAACUAGGCUGAAAAUGAUGAAUUUUAAGCCAAAAAUCCUUAUUUUUUGCAGAUCUACGCGAUUGAUUGUGAAAUGGUUUAUACACUUCACGGCCCGGCUUUAGGCCGACUUUCAGUCGUAAAUUUGGCUGGAAAUUUGGUGUUGGAUGUAAUUGUCAAACCGCCGACUCGAGUUAUUGAUCCGAAUUUUGAGUUUUCUGGAUUGAAAAUGGAACAAUUGGAAAUGGCUGAGGAUGAUUUGGCUUCGGUGAGCUGAAAAAUCGAAAUCUACGCAAAAUUUCGAGAAUUUUGAGAUCAAAUAUGAAUUUUUGUGAAAUUUGGUACCCCCCUCAGCUUAUAAGUUCAGGGGGGUCACUAAAUUUUCAAAAAUUCAGAUUUUUUGUGCAUUACUGUGUUUUUCAUGGAAUUUCCGGACUUUUGAUACCUCACAUGAUUAUAUUUCAAUUUUUCAGAAAAUUUGGAGCAUUUUGAGCCCGAAAUCUGAAAUUUUCAAAAAUUCUUCAAAACCAUAUCAAGUUGGGUGUCUAAAAUCCCCGAAUUUCAUGAAAAAUCCAAAUUUCACCUCUAGAAAACUCGAAAUAUUCUAGAUCUCGAAAUUUAUCAAAUUUUGGAUUUAAAAAAUAUCCGAAAAUCAUGGUUUUUGAUGAAAUUUCGCGAUUUCUCGUGAAUUUUCGGAUUUUUCAUGAAAUUUCCGGGUUUUUGACACCUCACAUGACUAUUUUUCGAUUUUUCUGAAAAUUUGGAGCAUUUUGAGCCCUGAAAUCUGAAAUUUUCAAAAAUUCUCAAAACCAUAUCAAAUUGGGUGUCUAAAAUCCCCAAAUUUCAUGAAAAACACUAACUUCACCUCUAGAAGUCUUGAUUUCUGCUAGAACUCGAGGUUUUUAAUAUUUUCGGGUGAAAAAAUCUGAAAAAUCAGUUUUUUUUCAUUUCAGGCUCAACAAAAGCUGUUUAAAUUGGUAAAUUCUGAAACAAUAUUAAUUGGCCACUCAUUGGAAUCCGAUUUCAAAGCAAUGCGUCUUAUGCACUACAAUGUAGUCGACACCUCAUUAUUAUUCAAAAAAGGACCAUUAAAACAACCACUCAAGAAAUUAUCAGCUCAAUAUCUUCAAAGAUUCAUCCAAUCUGAUAAUUGUGAUGCACAAGGACAUAAUUCGUGUGAAGAUGCAAAAGCUUGCAUUGAUUUGGUCAUUUUUCGCAUCAAAAAUAAUAGUUUAUAA